UGCAGCUAGCAGUGAUGCUAACUCUGGCAAGCAAACUCAAACGGGAUGAUGGUGUCCGGGGCCCCCGUGCAUCCAGCUCAGCUUCUGAUUCUACUCGCAGAGUGUCGGUGAGAGAUAAACUGCUCAUUAAAGAAGUUGCAGAGCUUGAAGUAAAUUUACCUUGUACGUGUAAAGUGAGCUUUCCUGACCCAAAUAAACUCCAUCACUUUCAUCUAACCGUGAGCCCAGAUGAAGGUUAUUAUCAAAGUGGGAAAUUUCAGUUUGAAAUUGAGGUUCCAGAUGCCUAUAACAUGGUGCCUCCCAGAGUGAAAUGCUUGACUAGAAUCUGGCAUCCAAACAUCACUGAGACGGGGGAAAUCUGCUUAAGUUUAUUGAGAGAGCACUCGAUUGAUGGUACUGGCUGGGCUCCAACUAGAACUUUACAGGAUGUCGUCUGGGGACUGAACUCCUUAUUUACUGAUCUCUUGAAUUUUGAUGAUCCUUUGAACAUUGAAGCGGCGGAACAUCAUUUGCGGGACAAGGAGGAUUUCCGAAAUAAAGUUGAAGAUUACAUUAAUCACUAUGCCAGAUGAUGAAGGGCGAGAGCCGCCCUCCGGGGGUGCAGAUCCUAUUGUCGACUGUCACUUGAUUAAAAACAACUCAAAGCCUGGAAUAUGUCCUUGUCUUUGGCAGCAGCCCAUGUUGUUCCAAGAAGAAAACAAGCUUCAUAAUAAUCCAUGUAAAGUGGACACUGCUGUGUGUGUCUCAGUACAGCAAGGAAAUCGUAUCUGUUGGUUGAAGAAACUUUUUUGCUUUACUCUUUAAUGUCUUUUCUGAAAAUGUGCUGUCUAUUCAGAACUGAGAUAUGCUUCAGAAGUUGAAAGAAAUCACUAUUAAGGUUGUAUUCAUACUACUUAAAAACUUUUUCCUCAUGACUAGUAGCAAGGAAUGGUAUGCUUACUGGAACUUGUAAAGGUUGGCAAAUAAACAUUGGCUUCGUUAAACAUGAA